CUUACACAUACGCGGCUUUCUUUUCUCUUCUCUUAUUUUUCUGCUGUUCGUCGUCUUCUUCGCCUUUCCAUACCCAAACCCUCACACACCAAACACACAUGAUCAUACCUGCCGCCUGAACCAUAAUCUAUCAACUUUUUGAUAAGCGAUUGAUCAAUUUACUUCCUCAUCGGUUGAGUUUCUUUCAUACCUAAUUCGGAGGUGUUUCUUUGAUCUUGUUUGAUAUAUUGUUUGAUGAGAGAUGGCGAAUUACCAUGGGGAUUUUAGCCAGAAGAUUGAUUAUGUGUUUAAGAUCGUACUGAUUGGGGACUCUGCUGUGGGUAAAUCUCAGUUGUUGGCUCGUUUUUCCAGGAAUGAGUUUAGUUUGGAUUCCAAGGCAACGAUUGGUGUUGAGUUCCAGACCAAGACUAUGGUAAUUGAUCACAAGAACGUUAAGGCUCAGAUUUGGGAUACGGCUGGUCAAGAAAGAUACCGAGCUGUGACUAGUGCUUACUACAGAGGAGCCGUGGGAGCAAUGCUGGUCUAUGACAUAACCAAACGUCAAUCAUUUGAUCACAUAGCCAGGUGGUUGGAGGAAUUAAGAGGCCAUGCUGAUAAUAACAUCAUCAUCAUGCUCAUCGGCAACAAAUCUGACUUGGAUUCCCAACGUGAUGUAUCCACCGAGGACGCAAAAGAAUUUGCCGAAAGGGAAGGUCUCUUUUUCAUGGAAACAUCUGCCCUUGAGGCCACAAACGUGGAACCAGCUUUUCUCACCAUCCUUACUGAGAUUUAUCGAACAGUCAGUAAGAAAUCUCUUGUCGCUAAUGAAGAAGCAGAAGGUAAUUCCGCCCUCCUUAAGGGAACCGAUAUUCUUGUUCCUGGUCCGGACCCCGUAUCCAGAGUAACCAAGUUCAGCUGUUGCACAUCUUCGUAGAGCAUGUUGAUGCCACGACUCAGGUAACCUCGUGUCUGAAAUUGUGUAAUUGAAUUUCUUUUUCUGCUUCCCUCCUUCCCGAAAGAAGAGUAUACCAUGUUGCAAUUCAUGUCAAGUACCAUAAAGUAGCAAAAAUUGUGAAUCAAGUGUGUAACAAAAUCCAUAUCAAUUCCAAAUUCAUGUUUUUUCAUAUUGAA